AUGCAUUCAUUGCAUUACAAGCUUGGAAAGAAGCCAUGUUCUGAUCCCAAUAAUUACACUGGCAAUUGGGUAGGAUCUUAUGUGUGUAACUACAUUGAUGUUUACUGUGCUCCGGUGUUGGACAACCCCAAUAAUACCACCGUCGCCGGAAUCGAUCUCAACCACGCCGACAUUGCCGGGUACCUCCCGGAGGAGUUGGGACUCCUCACAGAUCUUGGUCUUUUCUACAUUAAUUCCAACAGGUUUUGUGGGAUAAUUCCAAAGAAGUUCAAGAAUUUGAAUGUACUGUUUGAAUUGGACUUGAGUUAA